AGGAUUCUCGACCCAAGCUCGGGCACAGUCACAGUGGGUGCCACCGCCACCACAGCGGCCCUUGACGACCUCUUUUCGUGCAUAUCGCCACUCAUGAGCGAACAUACUAGCCCUCAGGCCAUUGACUUUAUUAUCAAGGAUUCCCAGUUACCGGCCUACCCGCUAGAACGCGAUGAUGAUGUACUUCGAUCCGGGUAUCAUAUUCUUCGCCACAGGCAUCUGCGAAUGUCUUCGACUUUGAGUGCGACCAAGCAUGAUACAGGGAGCACCCACGUACUUCCGACUACAAAGAGAGUCGAUGGACAAAGUGUCUGGCGUAUGCCACUUCCGCAGAUCGGCAGUCCUGUCAAUCAGCCGGGUGCAUCUACGACUUCUGGUCAGCUACCUGCGGUUUCCUUCCUUCAUUCAAGCAUCCCGCUAGCGCCUGCCAGUGCUGUGCAUAUCGGAGAAUAUCGCGCAGAUAACGCUGCGAAGACCACCGGAGAAACGAAUUUCAUAGGCGUCGACAACCAGGGUGUACCAGUGCGCACCCAUCGCCCCCUCCUUCAGCGCGUCGUAGGCUCCAAUGGGCUACGCAUCGAGGUUGAGCACACUGUUAUUCAGUCAGGCGCUACCCCGAGAGGGUUCAAUCCCGCAGGUAUUCAAUCCUCCUCGCUAUCGGCAGGGUUGUGCGGUGGUCCACCCAUAGAAAGAGUGGCAUCACCAAGUGCACUGCGAACGAGCGCACUACCAGCAUCCCCGCAGCCUCCCUCCAUACAACCACCUCUUCAAACUGUGGUCGGACGUCUCCAUGAACAUGCGAUCAGGUCACGUCCGGAGAAAGUCCGUUGGUAUCCUGCGUCGGGGCCUCGCUUAGUCGAUGUACCUGUGGCCCCUGCUAUCGCAUCAGUUGGUGAUUUAUUCAUCAACUAUUUUGGCGAUGGGCAGAUCCAGGUUUGGCUCCGUAGGGAUCCUCCUAGCUGGACGAAGGUCAAUGAUAGCCAUCCGCACCCGACGAUAGAGGGUUAUGUACUCCGGAUCCUCGACAAUGGCGAACCUCGAUGGGUUACAAAGGAGACGUAUCGCACGUAUCUUGGUCGCGACAAGAAACAGGAACGCGCUCAAGAUCACUCAGAACAAAAGUGAUCUGAACGCGUGCAUGUACGCACGAUGAAGUAUUGGCCUUCUCGCAGUCAUGUUUGCACAGUAGUAGUCCUUGUCCGAGUCGUCUAGGGUCUGAACCGUCAGGAUGUUUACAUUUUCACGGGGACACUCAAUGUUUUCUUCGCAUCGAGAGCACGUAGCGAACAUCAACGGGAGUCGAACGGAACAUUGUGUAUGAUUCGUGAAUACAAGUACAUUGUAAUGGGCAUUCUAAACUGUAUCAACCUGACGCACGGUGAACUGAUAGUAUAGUAGCAAUCAAGGCUGCUGCGUGGUCUCUGGCUCGGUGACGCAGUGAA